UAUUGUGGAAUGUGUUGUGUUGUUUAUGUGGUGACCACAUGCAUGUUACAUGGUGAUUCCUCGACUUCAUUAUUAUCAACAAAUUCAUGUACAACUCUGAGUCCAAAGCUGUAUGUAUUUGUCUUUCAUUUAAUUAAAUACAUGUAAGUAGUAAAUAUAUAAUUGGGAUAUUUUUAACAUUUCUUGUAUAAGUUAUUAUUAGAAUUUUCCACUGUUUGUAGAUGUAAUUUUUGUUGUUUUUGAAGAUAAAAAGACAGAAAUCGAGGGUAUAACCCAAUUUUGUUUUGAUUACUAUAAUAGCAGUUUUUUUUAUUUAUGUAAAUGCAAUUUUUCUCAUACAGGCGUCAGAAGAAACAGGCAGACUGUCAGCAAAGCCUUGAACGUGUGAAUGCGACGCAACAGUGUGAGAUUGAUCGCUUAGAAAGGGAAGUGGCACGAUUAGCACAGCAAAUGUCCCCAGGCAGCCAGCAGGCCUCUCCGUCCCCCAAUCCUCUAGCAGAUGCCUACGAACAGAGGGCCAAGAAUGCUGAGAAAGAGGCGGAGUUUGCUGAGAGCAGGGCCAAUCGAAAUGAGGUGAUCUUGGCUCAGAAAAUGACUGACAUGAACAAUCUUCAGUCCACACUUACACACCAGUCAAAGGAACUCCGUCAGCUUGAAAGAGCUUACAACCAACUGAGGAAUCACUCCCAGAAUUUGUCACGUGUCAGCUCCCCAUCACUCCACACUCGGCCUGGCUCUGCCCCCUUAUUCACUGGCUCAGCCCUUUCCUUCUCUGGCCCUGCAACAUCGUUCUCUAGUCUUUCCCCUUCCUUUUCUAGCCCUACCCACUCUUUUUCUGGUACCUCCCCAUUAAUCAAUGGGCCUACCUCGUCAUUUUCUGGUCGUUCGCCCACUGCUCUUAGACGCCAAGUGAGUCUGACAACGCUCUAAAAUGUCACAGUGACAUCAUGCAUCUUCAGACUGUGUGUGUAAAAUUUCGAAAGCUAUCAAAAUAUCCCUGGAUCUGUUCAGUUUAUUCAAAAGAUCAGUCUAAUUGCGUGGAAAGAUCUGCCCAAAUGUGCCACGGGAUCUAUUAAGUUGUAUCAGUAAGUCUUUCCAAGUGUACCACCAUAUCCAUUUAUGUGUAGCACACAGCUAUUAUCUGUGGACGUUUCCAGAUGUAUUGCAGGAUCCAUUUACGUGGAUCAGAGGAUUUCUUCAUUUGUGUCGGUGGACCUGUUCAGAUGUGCCACAGGAUCAGUUUUAUGUAACAGACAUUCAUAUGCCAGUCAUCAACCAAUAAGGAUGUUCCAGGUCAAUAAUCGCAUGGUGAAUUCCCAAAACGUAUCACAGGAUUUACCCAAACGUCUGCGGCCUGGGAUCUCUCCAAGUGUAUAAUAGACUCUGUCCAAAUGUUCACAGGAUCUUUUCAAAUGUGUCACAGGAUCUAUUCAAAUGUAUUACAGGAUCAAUUCAAAUGUGUUACAGGAUCUGUCCAGUAUGAUAUGGGAUCUGUCCAUUUUGUUGCAUAGUUCAUCUAUAUAUUGGGUGAGCAUAAAAAAAUGGGCCGUACUUUGACACUCAAUAUCUCCAAAACCCUCUCAUGUCAGCUUCUAAAAAUUUACACACUCAAAAGCCAUUAUGUCCUAAGUAUACAUCCUUCACAUACAUCAAUUUCAUCCUUUAAGAUUUCUGUUCAUGGGACCUAAAUCAAAAUAGUCAAAAACACAUGUUCCAGACAUUUCAAAAUGAUGUUCUACCUUGUUUUACUUGAAAUCAGUUCCUUGUCCGCCGGAGAGAAAACCAUCUUGAUUCAGCAAAACUUGUGCCUAUCUGGCAGAAGGGUUUCUCUGACACUAGAGCCAGACAAUUUUUCCAGACAACACUUGAUUGACAUGUCACACAGGUGCAGCGUGCACUCUACCCAUGACACCUGACAAGUGAUGCAAUGUGAGCCACCGGAACAUGCAUUUUUGAGGCUAUGUUUUCAUUUUAACCCUGUGUACAGACUACUCAAACUAUGACCUCGAGACUUGGUCAGUAUAUUAACAAAAUCAUGCUAUUUGAAUGUCUAAAGUUUGAAAGGCUUUGAACCAAGGAUAAUGGAGCAAUGCAGCAUCAAAGUACGGCCCAUUUUUAAUGUUCACCCGAAAUACCAAGUGUAAGAGAAAUUUAUAAGUAAAUUGAAAUUUAAAAUACCUAAUAUGUUUUUGCAAGCACAGCCUCUAGAAAUUAUAUUUUAUGUAUAUGAAAAUUGUAUAUGUUCUGACAGAAAUAUGAAAAUUUUACUUGAAGUUUUAGGUUUUAUACCCAUGUGUUAUUUAUUUAAUAUGAUACUAUAUGUACUGUGCAGCUCUGCCUUACUUUGUAAUCUGUUGUACAUACAUGAUGCAUCAACAUUAUCAGUGCCAGUCUGUUAAGGCAUGUAGUCAUAAAACUGUGCUUCAGUGAUUUUGAGUGCUAAUUUUGAUGAAGACUGAAGCUAUUGUCAAACGUACAUGUGACUCAAAGUUUUGCUGAUCUUGCCUUUUU